AUGCACUUCUCUAAGAUUGCCCUGUUCUUCGCGCCCCUGAUGGCCAUGGCUAGCCCUGUCAAAUUGGAAACAAGACAGGACAACACUUGCUGCUAUCAAACCGAGGAUGUGAACGCCCUCGUCUUUGUGACCAAAGGCCAGUCAUCACAGACUCUGGACACCCUCAACUGGUGCUAUCUCCAGGUUGACCGGUAUGCAGAUCCUCUGAACGCCUCCAUGUGUUGA